GGAGUCUUCAGCUGCCAUUUGUAUGUCUUGAAAGUUCAACUCUCAAAUGAAGGCUUUCACAAUUCUUUCUAGUCCGUCUUCAUGUGAAGGCACAAAGUCUUAUUUGUGAAAGAGAACUCUUGGAAAGAGGUUUAUCUUGGCAUUCAUCAUCGGUUCAGAAAAACAUAGUCUUUUUGUGAACUGAAGAACCUUCAGGACGCACUCACCGUGGAGGUUGGUGAAGAUGAUCAUUAUUAGGUGCUCUGUAGAGUCCCAAAGGACAGGCACAAGUGUCUUUCAGGUUAUCAGCAGUCAUCACUAACAUGCCUUGAAUCUGGAUCUUGUGUCACAAGACCUGUCCUCAAGCAUGAGUUGUCCACCAGCAGGCAGCUCCAGCUCUCCUACACGCCCCCCCCCCCAUUUUCUCUUUAAUGACUGGAGAAGACACAACCUUUGGGAAGACAAAUAGUUGAUUCAUGAUCAAUCGCAUCACAUUAUAUUGACUGCAAGCUCAGGCGUCUUUUUUCGCCGGGCGGUUCCCGCAAGCAAACAAGUGGUCUUGUCAUUAAAGCUGAGGAUUGAUUUGUGAGCCACGAUGGGAGACUGGAACCUUUUGGGGAAGCUGCUGGAAAGCGCCCAGGAGCACUCGACCGUGGUGGGCAAAGUGUGGCUGACGGUUCUGUUCAUCUUCCGAAUCCUGGUGCUGGGCUCGGCCGCUGAGAAGGUUUGGGGAGACGAGCAGUCGGGUUUCACUUGCGACACCAAGCAGCCCGGUUGUCAGAACGUCUGCUACGACAAGACCUUCCCCAUUUCCCACAUUCGCUUCUGGGUGAUGCAGAUCAUCUUUGUGUCCACGCCCACGCUCAUCUACCUGGGACACAUCCUCCAUCUUGUGCGCAUGGAGGAGAAGUUAAUCGAGAAGGAGAAGGAACUGGCUCUCCAGAGUGAAAAGCACCGGCAGAUACUUGGCAAUAAGGCCAAGAAAGCAGUCAAGCCCGUCAAGGACAACCAAGGUCACGUGCAUUUGAGAGGAGCGCUACUUCGGACUUACGUCUUCAGCAUUAUCUUCAAGACCCUGUUUGAAGUGGCUUUCAUCGUAGCUCAAUACUUCCUGUAUGGUUUUGAGCUCAAGCCAAUGUACUCCUGCGACCGUUGGCCUUGCCCCAAUGUGGUCAACUGCUACAUCUCCAGACCCACCGAGAAGACCAUUUUCAUCCUCUUCAUGCUAGCCGUGGCGUGCAUCUCGCUGCUGCUCAACUUAGUGGAAAUGUACCAUCUCGGCUUCACCAAAUGCCAUCAGGGUCUCCGCUACAGCCGGCGGCAGACGGAGCCCGCGGAAACCGUUCUUCCUUUUGUGCCGAACUACAACUACUUUCCGAGUCGCCCGGCGGGCCGUGACUCCUUCCCGGUGGAGGGGAAAUACGGCAUUGCUGAGCCGAACCCCCCCUACAACCCCUACAGCAGCAAAGUGAUGCAUAAGCAAAACAAAGAUAACAUGGCCGCCGAGAAGAAAGGUAAAACAGAUGGAGACGAUAGGCGGGAGAGGAAAACCUCUAACUCGGUUGAAGACAUGCUCGUGGAAGCUCAGCGCAGAAGCAGCCAGUCCAGCAAGAACAGCAAUAACAAGUGCAGGAUGGAUGACCUGCAAAUAUAGACGAGGCGAGAAAGAAUAAUCUUAAUGCUUUAUUAUUAAUUAUUAACUGUCAUUAAUAGAUAGAUAGAUAGAUAAAUGUAUUGAUGAUAUUUAAACUCAAGGAAUGUCUGGUCUAGACAAUCCCGAGACAGCUGAAGGCUACUGGUCUGCAUGGAAAACAAAGAACUGCUAAGACAUCAAGUACAGUUGGUAUUGACACAGGCCGCAACUCUCGAGUCAAAAGAUUGGACAAGAACCGUUUGAAAUUGUUGACUUUAAGAUAAAUAUGCAUGAAAACACUUUUUUUUUUUAGCAAGGGAACAAGUACUGCCAUUGUCAAUUGUGAUGAAAAUUAUUAUAAAACAAGCUUCGUGUAUAUAAAGGCAUGUUUGGAUGAGUCUGGUAAAAGUCUAUAGCAGCUGUCCCGAUACUUUUGUCCGAAAAAGAUCCUCCCCUGUUGCUUUUACAUAAACAAAUUGUAAGAAAAAAAUGUCUGAUUGUAGUGCAAGUGUUUUGAAAUGUUUCUAAUGUGAUUGCAGGAUCAAUGCUUGUAGUCUUGCUGUGGGGAAAGCAAAUUCUAAGCCCAAGAAUGCUCAUACAAUUCAGACAAAAUGAUUACACUAUGUAUUUUAGUGUUUAGUUUGCAUUGAAUAGCUAGACAAAUGAAAAAAUAUAUCACUUAAAGUGAUAAGUACAAGAUGAUCACUGCCCUAGUUCUACUUUGCUGACACCUUCCAGUUCCAACCCCCCAUUGAUGAAUCCUCUUGAAUGUGUGUAACCCAGCCUUAAGUAAUGUGAAGGCACCAGCGAAGCCCGACAGAACCUGAUAUCCAGUCUUAAAAUCAUUUCUAGGUCAGUGUCAGAUUCAUAUGACAAAGAGACGACUUAAAAAUAUGAAAUCAACAUAAUCUCCUUAUCUGGGAAAAAAACCCCACAUAGGACAAACACAAUAAGACAACGCCUGCACACUUAAAAUAUGAUUCCUCUCUCAUGUGAUGUGUUUUUAUUAGUUUUUGACCACCAAGGAAGUUUCAGUCAAUUUGUUAGUUUAUGCCAUAAACUAAUAUAUUAGUUAUUAUAUAUGACUAAUAUAUAAUAACAGUAAUAUAAUACUGUUAUUGCAACAUGUAUUAUAUAAAAGUUGCCAGUGCAAAGUUGGUCGCUUUUUUAUUUAUUAAAGGAUUGUUUUGUAUUCUCGGAUUAAAAUGAACAGCUAGAUAACUUGUUAGAAUAAUUAGUUUUGCUGAAGCGCUGGUCGGCCUGAAACCGGAGGUCACAUAUCUUAUAUGUGCCAGCUAGCCUUGGGGAGUCCUUAUCCUCCCUUCCUGUGAGAGGCCCACACUAGUUAGGAACAGAAAGAACAUCCUUGCUCUUUGUUCUUUGUUAGUUCAAGAGAAGUCCUUUCUCUUUUGAUUGUUUUUGUCCAAGACAGUUUUUUAGUUAUCCCAUAUUUACUCAAUGUUUGUUUAAGUAGACUUCAUGGAAGUUGUUAUCUCACAUCUACUUAACGUUUACUGGAGUGUAUGCACAAGAGGGACACGGCAUCCAGAUUUGGAGAUUGCAGCCGGGAACGAGGCUGCCAACCAUCUAAGAACAGACUCUGCAUUCCUGGGGUCACGGAUCGGCCAAGGCCAUGCGGCCUCGCACCACACAACAUUAUUAGCUAGCUGAACAGCGUUGCUACAGUCACUCUCUCCCCUCCCUUUAGUGUAGGAACGCCUCUUGUAACCAGGGCAACCCAAUAUAAAAAGAGGAGAUGACGGUAGGGCAGGUGAGAAUUGGUGGAGGACUGUGAACUGGGCCCUCUACCUAAUUCUCCUCGCGAGCAAAAGAAUACUGGUUGUC